AUGAAAGGAUCAAAAUUCCUCUAUCCAGCUGUACUGAAGACACUGAUUGUACCGCCUCUGCUUUGGUCAUGCAUACUGGUCUUUCUUCCCACUUCGAUUGGUUCUCUCUUAGUGCUACGAGCUCUGGGAUGGAUCCUGUCUUUCCCUGUUGUCUUCAUUAUACGAUCUCACUUCUCUCUGCUUGUUUCCACUCGCCAAGCAAGAGCACUAGGAGCUACAGACAUCCCUAGAGUCAAAGGAAGAUGGCCGUUGAACCUCGACAUAUUGGUAGACUGGGCUAAAUCAGGAUCGGAAGAAGAAGUUGGUCGAAUGAUGGUUCUUUUAGGAAGGAAAUACGGCAAUACUUAUAAUACUAGAGUACUAGGUGAAGAUCAGAUAAUAUCAUCCGAUCCGAAUGUACUUAAACAUGUUUUGUUGGAUGAAUUUAAUAAUUUCGUUAAAGGUGCGAAGUUCAAAGAAAGAGCAGAAGCUUUUUUAGGUGAUGGAAUCUUCAAUUCAGAUGGUGAGCGGUGGAAAUUUCAUCGAUCACUAAUGAGACCUUUCUUCCAUCCAAUUCACAUCUCACCAAAGAAUUUCACACCCUCAAUAUCAAGCUACAUCUCAUCGUUACCCCAUGCGAAUUCAUAUGAAUCGUUUGAUAUCCAAGCUGGAAUGGGUAAAUUGGCAUUGGAAAUGGCUAUUCUAUGGAUGACAGGUGAAGAUAUCUCGUCAUCGUCUGAUUUUGCACAAGGAUCGUCAGAAUGGGAAGCAGCGAAAUCGAAUUUAGGGCCAGCUAUGACACAAGCUCAAAACAUCGUCGGUAAAAGAGUUAAAGUUGGAACUGUAUGGCCUCUCUUUGAACUAUUCCAUGAUCCCCUUGAGAAACCAAUGAAAAACAUUAGCACUUUUUUCAGGCCUAUUAUAGACCGAGCGAUGAGCCGUAAAGGUCUACGAGAAGAUAUGGAACAAUCGAAACAGGAUACAUAUUUCAUUGAUCGAUUAGUCGAUGCUACCGAUGAUAGGAAAGUGGUUGAGGAUCAGUUGAUAAAUGUACUUCUCGCGUCUAGAGAUACGCUCGCAUCAUGCUUGACAUUUUGCGUAUACGUACUGUGCCUUCAUCCUGAAAUAGGACAUAAGCUUAGGGAAGAAAUCAGGUCAGUUGCUGGUAAAGGAGAAGUGGCAAAAGAUAUGAUACGUGAUCUACGAUAUUGUCGAGCAUAUAUCAACGAAGUUUUGAGAUUAUAUCCCCCUGUCCCCCUGAACAUACGACGUACGCUUCGUCCGUCACUUUUGCCUGUUUCAAAGGGUCAAUCACCGAUGUACAUGCCGGGUAACACAUCGAUCAUCCUAGCUUUCAUUUUACUACAACGCGAUCCUCUGAUCUGGGGCGAAAACGCAAAUGAAUUCCAGCCUGAAAGAUGGUUAGGUGAAGGAUUGAGUAAAAGAGAAAGAGAAGGUUUCAUGAGUUGGAAUUAUGGUCCUAGGAUGUGCUUAGGUCAACCAUUAGCAUUGACUUUGACGCAUAUAUUUCUGAUUCUGUUCUGUCGUCAUCUUGAUAAGAUGGAAGAACAAGGCAAACAAUUGAAAUUCGCUUUCGACGCUCAACCUGAAGGUACAACAAUGCCAUCAACUUGGAGAACACCUGAAGGUAGUGACGGAAGAGCGAGAGAUGGAAAAGAUGAGAUGUGGGUAGUCGCCGAUGUUGUAUUAGCUAUAAAGGGUGGUUUGUGGGUACGAUUUGAUGAUGCCAACGAAGAAGAGACGAUGCAAUGA